GGCAAGCUCAGCAGCACUGGUAACGAUGCAGAGCUCUCCAGCAGUGAUGGCCGUGCAGUCUCUGAAUAGAAAGAGGGCCCCAGCAUGGACUGAUCGGGAAGUCUUGGAUCUCAUCGCUGUGUGGGGCGAUGAGUCCGUGCUUUCUGAGCUGCGCUCCAAGAAACGGAAUGCAAAGAUCUAUGAGAAGAUCUCUAAAGACAUGUCAGAGAGAGGAUACAGCCGGGAUGCAACGCAGUGCCACGUGAAAAUCAAGGAGCUGAGACAAGGCUACCAGAAGACCAAAGAGGCAAACGGACGCUCCGGAUCCCAUCCCCAGACAUCCCGUUUCUACGAGGCACUGCAUUCUAUCCUCGGUGCGGCCGCCACCACUACCCCACCACUGACCGUGGACUCUGAGGAUGGGAUAGUGUCCACGGCCGGUUCCUCGGACAUGUUAGGGGACGGGGAAGAUGAGGAAGGAGAUGAGGAGGACGAGGCAGUCGGCAGCGCUCACAAUGCUGAUUUCCCCGACAGCCAGGAUCUCUUCAUCCCCCUUACAGAGAUCCCCUACCAACCGUCCCCAGCCGUUACCCCGGACACAGAAUCUGGGGAAGGAUCAGCCACCCCAUCUGCGACUGUCUCACAACCUAGCCUGGCAUCACACUCCCAGAGGCUAGCGCAGAUUAGGCGUAGGAAGAAGAGGACACGGGAGGACAUGUUCUCGGAGCUUGUGGCCUGUUCCCGAGCCCAGGCAAAUGGAAAUUGCUCCUUGGUUGAAUUAAUCACCAGUAAAAACCUGGAGUACAAUCAUUGA